UGUCAUUUUGCAAUCACACUCCUCCCUCAUCCCUUGCUCUUUAGAAAUAUCUCCCGUCAAGCGUGGCUAAUCAAGGUACCAAAAGAAAAAUGAGUAGUUCAGAUGAGGUAUCUUGGAUCUCAUGGUUUUGUGGUCUCAGAGGAAACGAAUUCUAUUGCGAGGUGGAUGAGGAUUAUAUUAAUGACAAGUUUAAUUUGACGGGACUUAAUGAACAAGUCCCACACUACAGACAGGCUUUAGACAUGAUAUUGGACCUGGAACCUGAUGAUGACUUGGAUGACAACCCAAACCAAUCAGACCUUGUGGAGCAGGCUGCGGAAAUUCUCUAUGGUUUGAUACAUGCCAGAUACAUUCUCACUAGCAGGGGAAUCAGUCAAAUGAUGGAAAAAUUUCAGUCUGGAGACUUUGGGCACUGUCCCCGUGUCUACUGUGAGAGUCAACCCAUGCUUCCCAUAGGUUUAUCUGAUGUACCUGGCGAAGCGAUGGUGAAACUGUACUGUCCACGGUGCAUGGAUGUGUAUACCCCAAAGUCGUCUCGCCACACCCACACCGACGGCUCCUACUUUGGCACUGGAUUCCCUCACAUGGUGUUCAUGGUGCACCCAGAGUACCGACCCAGGCGUCCAACAUCACAAUUUGUGCCUAGGUUGUACGGAUUCAAGAUUCACCCUCUGGCGUAUCAGAUACAGCUGCAAGCGGCUGCGAGCAACAAGUCUUCGUUGCGGGGGCUCCCAUACAACAACGGUAAACGUUAAGCGCGCCACACCACGUCCCUCCGUCGCACACCACGAGACGAAGACAACUGUCAACAUAGCGAAAUGAGGCGGGUGCGAGCAGGAUAGAGAAGGUGGUCUACUGUGGAUGUCUCACUUUAAUACUAAAGUUAAUAUGAUUUAAGAAUGUUAUGUAUUCGAAUAAAGUCUACUUUAAUGUUGUGUU